AUGACCGUUUCGGUAUCGUCCUCUGCACAAGAGCAGCAAUUCCUUCAAGCCUUUCAGCAAGCGCUUGAAUCUCAAAGUUUUGAUCGGAUGAUUCUGAGUCAAUAUCAGGGUGAACUUGAGCAACUCGAGAAGAUGACUUUUCGAGUCGUCAUGUUGCAAGGACAGCCUGUAUUGAGCUGUUUAUAUCGUCAUAAAACCCAAGAUGUCACCAAAAAUUAUUCAUUAGACACAGCACUUGAUACGGUAACUGCACUUUUGGCGCAGUGUAAACAAGCCAAUUUGAUGACAACUGAACAAGAGUUGCAACUGAAGAAGAACAAGAAGAAAGCCAUGCUGACGCAAAGUAAAAAUAAAACGGUAACCAAAGCUGUUGAGCAGCAAGGUCAUGACCGUGUCAAACAGCGUUUUGUCGAUCAAGACAGUUAUUUCUUACAGCCGCUUGGUAUUACCGAUGCAAAAGCGCACAUCAUUCCCAGUAUGGCGCGGGCACUAAGUCAUAUUCAGCUGCCUGAACAACUGCGCGUGGUCGAUUUUGGAUCAGGAAAAGGCUAUUUAACUUUUGCUUUAUAUGAUUAUUUGCUGAAGCAAGAUUUGAACCCUUUUGUGACUGGGGUUGAGCUAAACAGCAAAAUGGUGGAAUUUUGUCAGGAGGUUGCGAACAAGUCGGAUUUUCAGCAACUUGAUUUUUUUCAGGGUGAUGUUCGGACGUACCAACCUGAACGCCUCGAUGUGAUGAUUGCGCUGCAUGCAUGUGAUGUCGCGACUGACUUUGCGAUUCAUACCGGCAUUCGUUUAAAUGCCGAAAUGAUCAUGUGUGCGCCGUGUUGUCAUAAAGAAUUACGCCCACAGCUGAAAGCUCCGCUCGUGUUGCAACCGAUGUUGCAGUUUGGCAUUCAUGCAGGACAGCAAGCUGAAAUGCUGACCGAUACUAUUCGUGCCUUAUUACUCAAAGCCUAUGGCUAUGAAACCAAAGUGUUUGAGUUUGUAGCACUUGAGCAUACCAGCAAGAAUAAAAUGAUUUUGGCAACCAAGCGUAAGGAUUAUCAAGCGCCCGAUGUUGCUGUCUUGGCACAAAUUCAAGCCUUGAAAGAGAUGGAAAUGAAAAUGCCAAGCUUGAGAAUUACGCACGGAACAUGGGAAGAGUUGCAACAUGCUGCGAAAAUGAUUCGUGAGCAGGUCUUUAUUCAAGAGCAAAACAUUGCUGCUGAAGAUGAAUGGGAUGAGCAAGAUGAAAUCGCAGUUCAUUUUGUGGUCUAUGAACAAGAUCAAGCCAUCGCCACCGCACGACUUUUGCAAAAUCAUAGUAUUGGUCGUGUUGCAGUUUUGAAGUCACAUCGUGGUUUGGGCGUAGGCAAAGUUCUGAUGCAGGCGGUGAUUGCAUAUGCUCAACAGCAACAGCGUCCAUUUUUAGUCUUAUCCUCUCAAGUGCAUGCGCAAGCGUUUUAUCAGGCUUUGGGCUUUAUGCAAGAGGGUGAGGAGUAUUUGGAUUGUGGCAUUCCGCAUAUCCAUAUGCGUUUAUCAUCCAUAAAAAAGCCCUGA